AUGUCAGGCAAACGAGAAAUAAUUGUUGAACGUCCCUGGCUCAAAGUCGGUUGCACCCUAGGAGAGGGUCCGCUGUAUGAUCCAUCAACCUCGCUUUUGCAUUUUGUCGAUAUUUCGGAGAAGAAGGUUUUUCACGUUGAUGUGCACACUAAUGAGGUUACAUUUGAAAAAUAUGACGAAGCUGUGAGCUGUUUAGUCCUACGACGCUACGCAGAAGGAUUGGCGUGUGCAGCUGCACAAGGCUUUGCAUUGUUAAAGGAAGAUUCAACUAUUUCUUACCUCCAUAAACCUUUACCUUCCGAACAUACGCCGUUUACGCGGUUCAAUGACGGUGCCUGCGACAGUAAAGGUCGCUUCUUCGCCGGAACUCUUUAUAACCCAGCAAAGGGUAUACCCGGGCAGCUUUUCAGGUUUGAUCCUACGACAAACACCUGUAAAAUUGUAGAUGAAGGUCCAUUUACGGAUUCCAACGGUCUAGGCUGGAGCACCAAUGAGAAAACUUUUUAUUUCACUGAUUCGUUGGUCAACAAGAUAUACGCCUAUGACUACAAUGACGGGGAACUGAGCAACAGACGAGUUUUUGUGGACGCCAUAGAAAAGGGAUUUGCCGAAAAGACGUACUGUGACGGUCUUUGUGUCGACAAAGCUGGAGGCGUUUGGAGUGCACGAUGGGGAGGGUCUCGUAUUGUACGGUUCGACGAAGAAGGAAGUAUCGACUUCCAGAUAAUGUUCCCCACUGCCUUGAAUGUUACCUCUUGCUGCUUCGGAGGGCCCAAUAACGAUACCAUGUUCGUCACGACUGCUCACUGCGGAGCCAUAGGAGGAGAUGCAACUCGUCAACAAAACUACCCUGAUUCAGGACACAUUUUUCAAGUGGAUUUAGCAGGGUUGUUUGAAGGCGUAGAGAGAGGCCAGUUCGCGGGAUAA